AUGCCGUUGCGAGAAAUCCUCCAGAAGAAAGACAAGAUUAGCGAUAACAGCGCGCAGUAUGCGGCCGGCAUUCCUUCGACGACUGUAGGCCCGGUGCCUGAAAUUACCUUCGUUCGGACCGAUACCACCACACAUGAAGUCAUCCGGCCACCCGUCUACGACGGAGACCACGAUGUUUAUCAACACCAUGCCCCAUACCUUGAACCCUCCCGACCGAACUCCUCAUCGCAUCGUCGCUCAUUGAAUCCCUUCCACCGUUCGCGAUCUCCGUCCGAAUCGCAAGGAUCCUCGUCCCCGUCGCGUGCGCGCGGAGAACGCCGCUUGUCGCAUUUGCUGCAUCGGGACCGGCGCAACUCGAGCGCGAACUCGACCAACGUCCCUGCGGACCUUCCUCAGAUCACGGGCGACAGGGGCAAUGAGCAGGAGAUGGAGGCACAAUGGGAGAAAAGGGCUACGAUGCUGGUUCAGCGGAACCCGCAGUUCGCGGGGCCCUUGUCGCCGACCUCGUCGGGCUUUGGACCGAGUAGCAUCGGAUCAAGGUCGAGGAGUUCUAGCCAUAGUGGGGUCAUGGAUCGGGAAGGGGAUGUAAGUCUCAUCUGGGAAUCAGUCUGGGGUAAUGAGGGCAAGGUCUGA